AUGGUGAGCAAUGAAGUUGAAAAGACUCGAAAGUUUGUCUCCGGGCUUGAUUACAAAAUGAGGCCAUUGAUAACGGCACAGUACAUCAAAGUUUAUUCGGAAGCAGUGGAGAGGGCAUUAAUGCUUGAGGUGGAGGCCAAAGAUAGAAAUGCAGGAAAGGAACUAUGGAGACAAAAGAGGAAUGUAGGGUUAUCUUCAGAGGGACCUUCAUGGAGAGGAACAGGGGUGCAGCUUGGAUAUUACAAGUCCAAUUGUCCUAUGAGAUCGUCUUCAGUUUCUUCAGCUCUGAGAGCUUGUUAUAGGUGUGGCCAGCAGGGCCAUUUGAUUCGAGACUGUCUGAAUCAGGAAGCAGGCACCGUGUUUGGUUCUUGGGCUCAUGUUCUCUUUGACUCUGGUGCUUCUCAUUCCUGCAUUGCAUCAUCAUUUGUAUUUACAUCGGGGUUGGAGAUCAGUUUCAUAGAUCGGGCAUUAUGUGUUGAUACGCCAGUUGGGGUUUCAGUGUCUUUGAGCCGAAUUGUGAGGGAUUACUCCAUCGUGAUAGCCGGGCGGACUUUUGUGUUCGACCUCAUCCUCCUGGAGAUAACUGGCUUUGAUGUCAUUCUCGAGAUGGAUUGGUUAGCUUCAUUUCGUGCCACGAUUGAUUGUUUCAGAGGAAGAGUCACAUUUUGCACUCCUGAGGGAGAUUGUUUCUUUUUCAUGGGAGAUCGGAGUGAUCCCCAACCUUCAUCAUUGUAUGAAAUUCAGGGACGGAGUCAUGAUGAUUAUUUCUUAGCUAGUCUUUUAGCCGAAGAAGAUGAUGCUGUAGGGACGGUUUAUCUGGCAGUUGUUUGUGACUUCUUAGAUGCUUUUUCCGAAAGACUUGAUAGAGUUGCUUCCACAUCGAGAAGUGGAGUUCACUAUUGA